UUGAAUAAUUUAGGAUCCAAAGCGUACUUCCUCAAAGUCGAUGAGAAAGAGAUAAAAAAAGAGAUUUUCAAAAAUGGACCUGUCCAAGCUACGUUCCAAGUUUACGACGACUUUAGACUGUACAAAAGUGGAAUAUACAAAGUGAGGCAUAAAGGAGGUUGGUACAGAGGAGGUCACGCUAUCAAGAUUGUGGGUUGGGGUGUUGAAAAUGGAACUAAAUUUUGGAAUUGUGCCAACUCAUGGUCAAAAGACUGGGGAGAAAAAGGUGGCUACUUCCGCAUAGUUCGCGGCGUCAAUGAGGUUGGAAUUGAGGAGGGCGUCACGGCUGGACUAUUUAGGUUAGAGUAAAA